AUGAGCACCUUUGAAUCAGUCAAAUUGUUCGCCGAGAAAGUCUGCGCGAACGAGUCUCGACUCGACGUUGCGGUUCUCAACGCGGGCAUGGCGGCGCCUUCUUACCAGCUGUCUCCCGAUGGGUUUGAGAUGUCCCUGGAAGUCAACGCUCUAUCGACCGCUCUCCUGGCGAUUCUGUUGUAUCCCGAGCUCCGAAAAUCGGCGGAGAUGUCUGGCGAACCAUCACAUCUCGAGUUUGUUGGCAGUGUUGGCCAUCGUAUGGUCAAUCCUGACGCACUCGAUGCAGGCCUUCAGGAUGGAUCGAGCGUGCUGGAUAUCGUUAACAACAAGAAAUUCUUCGACGUCGAACAGCAAUACUGCACUACCAAGCUGUUGCUGAUGUAUGUCAUGGAUGGACUUGUCGCAGCAGCCGCACGAGCAGCAGCGUCUUCCUCGUCAACAGGUCCCAAGGAUCCGGAAGUCAUCAUCACGACUUGCUGCCCGAAUCUGUGCCGCACGAACCUCGGUCGCGACUUCUCCCUCCUGCUCAAGCUGCCGACUUACUUGUUUCAGCUCGUCUUCGCCCGCUCAGCGGAGGAAGGGAGCAGGAUUCUCGUCAGCGGGACAGCCUUGGGGAAGGAGGCGCAUGGAGAGUUCUGGAGUCACGAUGUCUUUGACAAGAAGGGCGAGCUCGUUACGAGUCCGAAGGGCAAGAUGUUGCAGAAGAAAGCCUGGAGCGAAAUGGUCGAGGUUCUGAGGAUGCAUGUUCCGCGCAGAGAAGAGUACCUCCUACAGUGUUGA